AUGGUGGUAGCAACGACCAUAGCGCUAUACGCGAGUCCACCGAGCACUGUAUGCUCCACAGCUCACCAGAUCAACGCUCAUACCUCCUGCGAUCUCGAUCUGAAUUCCAGAUCCUCAUCGGCAUCUCCUUCGGCGAACUCGCCGGCAAUCGGAGGUCUCUCUUUGCUCUUCUCCGGCGCAUCCGUCAAAUCGUCGUCUUCCUCCUCCUCGCACCCAACCGUAGCAGAGGAAUUAGCUUCCAUACGCCACGAUCGAAGCGAGGAUCGGACCUUAAGCGGCUCAUUUUGCUACUCCCCGAGCAAAUUCAUCGGCUCUUCGUACCUUAAACGAGACCAUCAAAGCCCCGUCUCGGUGUUUCACGGCCCGAUUUCGUCAAGCAGCAGCCCUCCGAGGAGACUUUCACGAGAUCGGAACUUAGACGGGAGUUUCCACGGCGGCGGCGGAUCUGCUCUCCGUGUAGGAUCUAGCAGGUUGUUCAAUGGUUUCGUCAGGAAAGCUGUAGGCUCGUGUGUUGAUUACGAAACAGACUCUGUCCUCGUCGAUGAGCAGCUACCGUUCACCAUGGACGAUGGCUUCGAAGGAGAAAAGAAACAACCUUAUGCUAGAGAUUUGCUUAAACGUGCUCAAUUGCAACACAAAAUCUUCGAAGAUGAAUCUGUGAUCAAAGCGUUUUACGAAGCAGAGAAAGCUCAUAGAGGACAGAUGAGAGCAAAUGGUGAUCCUUACCUGCAACAUUGUGUGGAGACUGCAAUCUUGUUGGCUAACAUUGGAGCUAAUUCAACAGUUGUUAUAGCUGGGAUUCUGCAUGAUACUUUAGACGAUUCGUUUAUGAGCUAUGAUUACAUUCUGAGAACUUUUGGUUCAGGAGUUGCUGAUCUUGUUGAAGGGGUAUCUAAGCUUAGCCAACUAAGUAAACUUGCUCGGGAAAACAACACGGCGUGUAAAACUGUUGAAGCGGAUCGUUUGCACACUAUGUUUCUUGCAAUGGCAGACGCGAGAGCUGUUCUUAUAAAGUUAGCUGAUCGGUUACAUAACAUGAUGACGCUAUACGCUUUGCCUCCGGUUAAGCAGCAGAGGUUUGCUAAAGAGACUCUGGAGAUAUUUGCGCCUCUGGCUAACCGGUUAGGGAUCUCUACCUGGAAAGUUGAGCUUGAGAAUCUGUGUUUCAAGCAUCUUCAUCCUGAUCAGCACCACGAGAUGUCCGCUAUGCUUGAGGACUCGUUUGAUGAAGCGAUGAUCACUUCCGCGAUUGGUAAAAUGGAGCAUGCGCUUAAGAAAGAAGGCAUUUCUUACCAUGUUCUCUCUGGACGACACAAGAGCUUGUAUAGUAUCUACUGCAAGAUGUUGAAGAAAAAGCUAACUGUGGAUGAAAUUCAUGACAUUCAUGGCUUACGUUUGAUUGUUGACAAUGAGAAAGAUUGUUACAAGGCCUUAGGAGUAGUUCACAAGCUAUGGUGUGAAGUUCCUGGAAAGCUGAAAGAUUACAUCACUCAUCCCAAGUUCAACGGGUACCAAUCUUUGCAUACAGUAGUGAUGGGCGAUGGAACCAUUCCGCUGGAAGUUCAAAUACGAACGAAGGAGAUGCAUUUGCAAGCUGAGUUUGGGUUUGCAGCUCACUGGAGAUACAAGGAAGGUGACUGCAAACACUCAUCAUUUGUGCUUCAGAUGGUUGAAUGGGCAAGAUGGGUUGUGACAUGGCACUGCGAAACCAUGAGCAAAGACAGACCAUCGAUCUGCUCUUCCGAGCCCUUGUGCAGCUUCCCAUCUCACGCUGACGACUGUCCGUUUUCUUAUAAACCUAAUGGUAACCAAGAAGGACCCGUCUACGUCAUUGUAAUCGAAAACGACAAGAUGACGGUGCAAGAGUUUCCGGCGAGUUCCACGGUGUCGGACCUGUUAAGCAGAGCAGGACCAGGGAGCCCGAGAUGGUCAAUGUACAGCAUCCCGGCUAAAGAAGAGCUAAGGCCGAGGCUAAACCAGACACCAGUGAGUGAUCUGAAGUGCAAGCUGAAGAUGGGAGAUGUGGUGGAGCUGACUCCAGCCAUUCCUGACAAGUCUCUGACUGAAUACAGAGAGGAGAUUCAGCGGAUGUAUGAUCGAGGGCUCGCGUUCUCGCGUCCUCACCGUGCAGCUACUGGCACCAUGGUUGGCUGGGGAAGCUAA